UCAUGUGCAAAAUCGAAAUCUACCUUAGUUGAUAACCGGUAUUCCUCGGUUUAACCCGAAUAUGUCAGGCAGCUUAUACUGAACACAGUUUACCGAGUCGUGUGUGUGUUGUGGAAUUAAGUAAACCGUGCAUCCAAAUCGAUGCACAAGGUCCUUGCUCUGUGCUAAUAACGGUGUCGCAUGUGUCAUGGUUCCGGUUAAGUUCGUCACUGCGUAUAUUGACAAUCAUAUCGAGCUUUCGCAGAAAGUGAAUUUGUCUGCUAGUCAGUCAACGGCAGUGAGCCUCGGAGACCAACGAAGAGAAAUUUUAAAGUGUCAGACCUUACACGGAAAUAUGAGCGCUAAAAACGUGAUACGAAAAAUGAGGUUAAACUGUUGGCCGUUGCUGCUGCUGGUGGGCUGGAUGGCGGUGCCGCAGCUGAUUACAAGGGUGGAUGGUAUUUACGUCGUGGAGAAAGGUGGCCGCAAGUCCUUUGUAAAGCAUGGCCCGGCACAGUGGACAGAACCGGAUGAAGAUGGACUGUGGUCCUCGCUGCUAGAAGAAUAUACGCUAGGCAUCAAUACUACUACCCGUAAUGCUCGGGUAAUGCAAGCGGCUGCAGCUGCUGUAGCCGUAGGACAAACUCAUCAGUACAUACCGGCUUCCAGUUUCUACAUUAACAAACGAAUCGGCGAAGCCGUAGAGAUGGGAUCUCCGGCGGGUAAAGUUAUAGGUCCUUCGGGAUAUGCUGAAAAUCAGCUGAACACUGGACCUAGCGCUCAAGGCUCCUUCACACCGAUGCGGCAGUCCUUUGGGGGCGCCAGCCCAACGGAGCUACUGGCCUCGCCGCGUGAGGUCUCGGAAACAGACCUGUACUUGCUGGGAGCAAUCGAGAAGCUGGUCUACCGAGUGGAUUACAUGGAAAACAGGUUAAGACGAGCUGAGCAGAUCAUCUACUAUCUAAUGGCUGGGAAUAAUCAGAAAAUUGAAACGUGUCCGGACAACUUUACCAGGGUUCACGACAACUGUUACCAUUUUGGAGUGGACCGAGGGUUGAACUGGAAAUCGGCCAGUACGUUGUGUAAGUCUUACGGAGGACAUUUAGCAGAGUUUGAAACAAGUGGUGAGUUUCAAGACGUUGUGGCCUUUAUUUUGAACAAUCAGUUAAAACGAGGCAAAGAAUAUUGGUUGGGCGGUCUCAAUCCGGGUCUGUUGUGGAUCUGGGCCCAGUCGGCGAAGCCAGUUAACCCAAACACAAAUCUAACUUCCAUCACCGGCGGGAACAAAGGAACAAGUUCGACCAUUGGUACAGUCAAACCGGAUCCAAGCAAAAAAGAGGACACCAAGAUUGUAUACAAUCCACCACCAAAGCCAACGGGACCUACACUGGAGAUCACAGGAACGGGUCGCUGUUUAAAACUUACCUACAAUGGGGCGCUGUACACGUACGGUUAUACAGGACAAGAUUGUUCGGCAAGGUUUAACUAUAUUUGCGAGUUGAAGAACAAAUCGCUGGACAACGAAAUCUCUCGCAUAGCGAAACAGCUUAAUUUGAAUUAAAAAUUAGAUUAAAUUUUAUUUAUUGAUAACUAAUUUAACUAAUUUAUGAAUUUUACCAAUAAACAGUAAUAUAUUUUUAUUUUACCAGAGCGUCGAUA